AUCCAGAGAGAAUUUCCUCACAAUUCAUUAUUCUUUCAUGGUAUCAGAGCCAAAACCCUAGAAUUUUUCUGUGACUACUGUUCACGAUCGCCCGGCAUGGUGUCCAUCAAUCGUUGCUCAGUUUUAGUCGAUUGUUGUUGUUGCCGGAUAAUGGAACGGUCGACCGUUGCUCUAGAACGGUCGAGCACGUCGACCGUCCCGUCGGCAGACUGUUUGAUUGAUGCUGCUGUUGAUUCCUCCGCCACCGCCGUACGCCACUCUGCUACCGCUUUGGCCGAUGAACAACCAAGGAAGAUGUUUUUCUCCCUAUCAUCGUGUGUUUCUAGUAUGAAGCUUUCAGGUGCAUCUCUUGAUACAGGAACUACAAAUGAGGUUAGCUGUUAUGAUGAAGAUGAAGAACUGCGGACGGAAGAACAGAUGGACCGUUCUAGGAGGGACGGUCGACCGGAGGAAAGCGGCAGAGAAGAUCGGCUACAGACGAUCGACCUGAUGGACCGUUCCGAUGUCCAUGUCGACCGUCCGAGAGGCAGAAUGACGGAUUCUAGAGAGAUGACCGAACGGUCGACCUGGUGGACCGUCCUGAUAUCCAUGGCCGACCGUCCGAGAGGCAGAAUGACGGUUCUUUGGGAGAUGAUCAAACGGUCGACCGUGAUGAGGAAGACGGUCGAACGUCUCCGAGGCAGAAAGUUAGCGAUCCAGAACAGCUUCAGACGGUCGACCCCGUGGACCGUUCCACGGACGGCGGUCGACCAUCCCCUUCCCAGCCAGCGGUGGAGAACUUGGGACGUGGUCAGCGUGAGAAACGUCCAAAUGUACGCCUUGCCGAUUAUGUUACCCAUGUGGAGGGGAGGGGUUGUGAAUUACGAGAAACGUCUCUCUCUCGUUCCCGUCCGUUUUCCGUCGUCUCCCCUGCCCAGGUCCUCGGUUGCCGUCCGUCAACCAGCAACAGCAGCGCCGUCGAGCCGCCAGGACGUCGCCGUCGACCACCGCCUUCCCCCUCUCUCUUUCUGCCGGCAGGCGCGGGAGCCGCGACGGGGCAGCGGCAAAUCUUCCUCUCUCUCGGAUUCCAAGUUCUUCGUAAUCGAGGUGGUUGUGGAAGGUUGAUUCUGAAAUCCAUCCCAGAGAGCAGCAUGAUGGAGGAGAUGUACGGAUGCAAGAAUUUAAUAAAGUUGAUGUUUGAUUAAAUUAUGAAGCUUCCGCACUGUUUGUAUAAACUCCGAUGUGUAUUUAGAUUGUUUUAAAUUGUUUGAGUUUUUAAAUUAAAUAUUUUUAAUUUAA